UAACAUUUUUUAAACUUUUUAAGUAAAUAAAUUGUUUUUGAGAAUAAAUAAAUAAAUAAUAUAGUGGGCUAAUUAAUUUUUGCAUUAAUUUCAAUUUAUCAACAGUUGGAAAUUCAAAUUUUAUUCCAUCCUUUGAAGAUAGUUCUAUAUAAUAAAAAUUCUAUGACCGAAGCUUUGUGUUGUUGACUUUGUUUUUUUUUUACUGUCAAUUUAAAGUUAUUAAAGUGAAAUAAAGAAAAUCCGUUUAUAAUUAACUAAAUUUGAUUAAAAAUUAAAAAAUAUUUUGAAACGGAAUUAUUAUAUCUUAAAUAAAAAAUUUUAAAAAUGUCUAAAAUGCCAGGUUAUGAUACCCAUGAUGAUGGACCAGGUUUUGUCGGAAUAAAAUUCUGUCAAGAAUGCAAUAAUAUGUUAUAUCCUAAAGAAGAUAAAGAAAAUAAAGUUUUGAUGUAUGCUUGCAGACAUUGUCAUUUGAAACAACUUGCCAGCAGCAAUUGUAUUUAUGUCAACAAAAUUAUGCACGAAAUCGACGAAUUAACUCACAUUGUCGCGGAUGUAAUAUCCGAUCCUACAUUACCAAGAACUGAGGAACAUCCAUGUCCAAAAUGUAAUCAUCGAGAGGCAGUUUUUUUCCAAGCACAAACAAGAAGAGCAGAAGAAGAAAUGAGACUCUACUAUGUUUGUACAAAUCAACAUUGUACGCAUAGAUGGACUGAAUAAAUCAGUCAAAUAAAGAAGUAAAUUUAAUUUUACUAAUUUAUAAGACACAAAUAAUUAUAAUAACAUUUGUACAUUUUAAAUAUUAAGAAUUAUGUAAUUUUUUUUUUUCAUUAAAAUAAAAAUAAAAAAGAUUUUCUAAAAA